UGCCAAUCGAAGUAAGCACUGCCCAGCAGUGAGUCCUUGACAGGGUCAUUUUUUACAAGGAUCCCAUUUUGGACAGCAGCUUCUUCACUUCGAGGAGCAUUCGGAUUUUUUCUGUAGUCUUUUCCUUUUGGAGCGGAAUUUAACUUCAGAAUGGAAACCCCAAAUUUGGAAGAAAAUUUCAAGUUAUUUUAUCGAAUUGCAAAAGUUUUGAUCUUGGAACUCAACAAUGAAGACAGAGUCCUUGCCGCGCAAUGGCUCCGAAAAUUGGCCGCAUGUCAGUCCCCGGAAGAUUCCGAACGGCGCAACCACUUCAUGACCCUGCUGCUGAUCACUCUGCAGCAGAAACGGAUCGUAGGCCCCUUCAAGAACAGUCCGGUGGAUGGCAACAAGCUGGAACCGUUCCAAAAGGAAUUCCAAACCGCCGACAUCCAGAAGCUGCUCGAUGAAGAACUGGCUCAGAGACCACCGCCACCGUUGGCACAGUUCGGUCUCACCGGCGGCAAAAUAUCGACGGAGUUCGCCGUAACGCAAGAGAUCCCUAAAUUUGGAGUGCAUUUUUACUAUGUUUACACGCUGACGCCCAUCUACGACUUUCAGCGGGCCAACCAGUCCCGUAUUCCUCCGCCAAUGCAAGCCCCCUCGCAGUCCACCAUGCGAAAUUUGAACGCUGGUGUAGAAAACCUGCUUCGGACGGAAAAGAAGAAACUGAAGGUCACCGUCGAUCAGUUGGGACGGAAGCAGAUCCAGAUCCGCGAUGAACACUUUGCCGAGUUUUCCGGAUCGGGUAGACCUCGACGAGUGCCGAAAAGACUUCAGCAACGAUUAGGGAUUAGGGCACCCGAACCGGAACCGGAACCAGAAAUACAACUCACCAGCUUUGUGCAAGAACCUUCGCCUCCUCGAAGGACGACUCCGCAACCCGCGACUUCAACAACCGUUGAACAAGCCGUAGCAGCGGCAGUUGGUGCUGCCGUUGCAGCAGCUGCCAGUACUACUCCGCCAAGAACCGGUGGAAUCCCGCGGCCAACUGGUGCGAUUCCCAAACAACCCCGACUGUCCGGUGGAGUUCCCAGAUACACUGGAGCAAUUCCGAAGGCUUCUCGAGUUCAACAGCCGCCAGCACAAUUGUCUCCGCAGCAUCCUCCUGCCAUCGAAGUGCAACCACCCUCGCCCAAAACACCCGUGAGAAUGCCCGCAAGAGGUCCAGCAGUAGACCCCAACAUGGAUAUGGUGCCGAUGCCGGACUACAUGCCCGAUCCGUUUGCUACACCGACUCCGCCGUUGUUUGCUAAAAGAGGUAGAACGCAGGGCCUGACGUACAAACCGGAGGACUUCGAGCUGGAUCCCCAAACCAAGUUCGACUACCCACGGCAGAGGAUCGCUAAAUCGAAAUGGACGCCUUCGAAACGCGGUGAGCGUGUUAUGAUUCGCGAUAUUAUUAAGCAGCAUCCCCCCUCCGAACAGACUUUGCAGCUGUCCCCUGACGUGCGAGAAAUAGCCCCACUUUCAGAGAUAGAUGCACAAUGUACUGAAAUCGCGAGGCGUAGAAAACUUGUGUUCCAAACCGAUGACGACAGGAUGCGGAACGUUUUCCAAAAGUUCUACGCUUCGAGGCCUGUUAGUCCGAAGGCCCUCCAGUUCACCAUAGAAGAAGAAGCCUCUACGAUUCAGCCGUUCUUGCUGGAUACUACUCCUGUUGGCGAGCAGCGGAUUCAAUCACCGGCAAGUCUACCACGUAUAGUAACACCACGGUCCGUGACACCUCGUAUGCCAACCCCGAGACCAGCCACUCCUGGAUCACAGUCCUCGAGACCAACCUCGCCUCGUUCACCAACCCCAAGACGAACGACGCCUCGGGAAGCCUCCCCAAGACCACUCACGCCUCGAGACGCAACUCCACGUGCUGCCCCUCCAGCGCGAGCACCGCGGCAGAUUUCCGAUUGGUUUGUGGAAGACGAGGGACUGCUGGACGAAGAAGAUAUCCAACUACGCGAUGAACUCAUUUAUAUUCCCAGCCCAAUACGAGCGCAAACACCGCGUGCUUACUCACCUUCCCCGAGACAAGUCGAUGAGGGUCUUUUGGAAGAUGAAGAAAUUGAGUUUGUUGACGAUAUGCCAAGUCCUUCGCAGUAUAGAUCCCCUGUUAGGCCUCCAGUUCACAGCCCAAUUCAGUACACAACUCCGUACUACAGUCCAGAGGUGUCACCGGGAGGAACAACUGGUCGUUUGAUCGAUGCGGGAGACGAAGUUCCCGCAAUAAGUCCAAAAUCCCCCCACAGCAUUGGCUCAAUGAUGGACGACAUCAUGUUGACUACACCCGAGCGAAUGGAGAGGUUGGGCACCAUUAUGUCUCAGAUUGGGCAGCAAGUGGAGGCACAUCGUGAGCUGAUUCAAAAUAUCGAAGAGCUCCCAACUUCGCCAUCGUUGGAAAAUUUAAGGGUUGAAUGUGGACGAGGGGCGUCAGCGUUGUCUGCUAUGCAUUCCAGACUCAGAGCUGUUCGGGAAUCGGCGCAAGCUCAACAGCCGCCUGCCACGGGAGUUGGUGAACUGGAAGUUGUACCCGAAGAACCCGAGCCAUUCAGUCCAUUGCGGUUAUCUCUGCAGUUCCAAGAUUUAGCCGAUGUGAUCAACACAACCAUGGAAGGGGCUCAGAUAAUCCAGCAAGUUGCGGAGUCAGUACCGGAACCGGUUGUGCAGGAUGCUGCCGAGAGAAGUUUGGAUACGGUUGACGCCUUGCAACAAUUAUCUGAUCGGGUGCACGAUGUAGCGGACGCAUGGGAGAAGAGGAUCACGGAUCUUGAUACGUCGUCCUUGGGGUUGAUUGAUGAUGACGUAAUGGAUGAGUCACUGUUUUCAAGUCCGGCACGUGAAACAGCGAACAGGAUGGUCGAAGCCUUAGAUCAGUCAGUUCGAGAGGUUAUAGAGGAAGGCGGUGAUCCUCGUUCUCCAGCAGCGCGUAAUCUUCAAGGUACCCUUCGCGAUUUCAGGGAAGCGUUGCAGAACUUGAGCUUGGAGUCUCCGUCAUUCCUUGACGAAAGCUUCCCUGAAGCUUUGCUUGACGACACCAUCGAUGACCUGGAAGCAUCCAUACAAACUCAAGCAGCUGCUAUAUCGGCCGUAUCGAAAACUCCAGAGAAGGCGGCUAUUUUGGACAGAGCCGAAGAAAUAGUCGAAUCGAUGAAUGACGUUCUAGAUGAAGUUCAAACAAUCGUGACUCCAGAGGCAGGUGAACAGGAUGAUGACGAUAAAUUUGUUGCAGAGUUCUUUGCGGAAUCAAGCCCGCAACAGGAACUACCUCCUGCUUCAGAAGCCAUGCAACAGGAAAUGUUGAAUCUCCUCGAAAAAACUCGGCAGCAGCAACAAGCGCUCCUGGAGUCGAGCUUAGAAAUUGAGGAAAACGCAGUCGAUGCCGCAGCAGUAGCAGCAAGUCAACAAGCUACGCAAAGGAUUCAACAAGCUCAGCAAGCUGUAACGGAUAUGAUUGAGACAGUCGCGAGGUCACCAGUAGUAUACGAUGGAAGUUUCGCCUGGCUAGGGCCGAUGUCCAUUGAACCGGAAGAAAGGCCAACUGCUGCUGGUAGACGUCAAGUUAGACCAAGGGUAGCACCUAGGCCCCCCGCAGGACGAAUGCCUGCGGCCAGGUCAGCCGCACCUAGACCAGUUGCACCCAGACCAGCUGCAUCGAGAACGGCUGUAGCUAGACCAUCUGCCACGAGACCACCUGCGGCGAGACCUCCUGCCGCGAGACCAGCUGCAACGAGACCAUCUGCCACCAGGGUACAAGCGCGACCCCAAGCAAUCCGACGUCCUCCCCAAGCGAGAGGUGCGUCACCCGAACCGCUAGCGCUGCCGGCAGGUGUUCAGGCACCGAGACCGCGAGCUGGAUCGGCAACGCCCAUACCUGUCAGACGACCUCCACGUCCCAUUCCACUGCCGGGUGCUGCAUCUGUGACAGAAAUAACGACGCAAUCGUCUUCAUCCACCAUCCGAACCAUGAUUCCUCGUCCGGGAUCGGCGACGUCCGAGAGAUGACUGCGUUUCAACGAGGGGAAUGUCAAAGUAGGUGGUUGAAAAUUAAUUGUUAUAUUUUUAUGAAUAUAUUUAUACAAGUGGUCAUUAUAAUGCAGAUUUUUUUUU